AUGCUGGAUAUGGCAGAGGCAAUCAAAUUCAGGCUGCUUCAAUCCAUUCCCUACUAUGCUCAAGCUAAUGGACAGGCAGAAUUAAGCAACAAAGUAAUCAUCAACAUUAUCAGAAAAAUGCUUGAGAAAAAUCCGAAGCAAUGGCAUGAGAAGCUAUCAGAAACUCUGUGGGCAUAUAGAACUUCAAAGAGAGAAGCAACUGGCAUGACCCCCUAUGCUAUAACUUAUGGCCAUGAUGCAAUUCUGCCUAUGGAGAUAGCUGUUCAGUCCAUCAGAAUUGCUCACCAACAUGAUCUGGUUGGAGAAAAUUACUCUCAAGCCAUGCUGCUAGAACUAGAAGGAUUGGAUGCUAGCAGAAUUGACACCCUCAAUAAACUACUGGUAGGAAAGCAAGCUUUGUCAAGAGCCUACAACAAAAGAGUAAAGAACAAGAGUUUUGAGGAAGGAGAGAUAGUCUGGAAAGCGGUUUUGCCCCUUGGAACACAUGUGGCUGGUUAUGGAAAGUGGUCACCUACAUGGGAAGGCCCUUUCAUAAUCAACCAGAUCCUUGGAAUGGGGGCAUGCAUGUUGCAGGAUCGAGAGGGGGAAGUCCAUGCUACCCCAAUCAAUGGCAAAUGGUUGAAAAAGUUUUUUCCAACUAUGUGGGACUCACAAGCUGUACAGACAGAUCCCGGGAUAGAGAAGGAACAACCUUGA